AUGGGUUUGCGCCUCCUUGUCCGGUUCGAACCGGUUCUGUGGCCGCAAGCUUAUCCGCCAUCGCUGUAUGCUUCAUCUUCUUGCAGCUCGAGCAAAGGGAAAUGCGAUUUUAACAGAAGGGUCUCCCGGAGAUCAAAAGCGCUUCAGAAAAAUGUGCGCUUUAUAGUUUCUUCAAGCGAAGUGAGUGCGCCUUUUUGGGAGAGUUGGGUACCUGAAAAGAGCUCUAAAGGUCCUUCCUUUAGCGAUAUUGUCUGGCCUUCUGCUGGGGCUUUUGCUGCAAUGGCUAUAUUGGGAAAGAUUGAUCAAAUUUUGGCUCCUAAAGGCAUUUCGAUGACUAUUGCACCAUUGGGGGCCGUUUGUGCCGUGCUCUUCACUGCGCCAUCAUCUCCUGGUGCUAGGAAGUACAACAUGUUUAUGGCACAAAUCGGGUGCGCAGCAAUAGGCGUUUUGGCAUUCUCCAUACUGGGUCCCGGCUGGCUAGCUAGGAGUUUUGCUCUUUCUGCAGCCAUAGCCUUUAUGAUUUUUGCCCGUGCUGUUCAUCCACCCGCUGCAAGCUUGCCAUUGCUAUUUAUUGAUGGAGCUAAGCUUCAGCAUUUGAACUUUUGGUAUGCUUUGUUCCCGGGCACGGCUGCAUGCAUUCUCCUUUGUUUGAUUCAAGAGAUUGUAUGUUAUCUGAAGGACAACUUGAAGUUUUGA